AUGAAGAUCUCUCUCUGUCCCGUGAAAAAGCUUGACAACUCUAGUUCAAAUUCGAUGUUUAGACAUCUUAGAAGAAAAGUUGACAGAUUCGUUAAUGGAGUCUUUGAACGUGUUAAACUGUCGCCGAACAUCACCGAGAAUUUGAAGGGAAAGCUGUGGUCUGGGGCAAGACUUGUUCAGUUUGGAGGAAAUGAGAAGAUCUUUCAGAAAAUGUUCAAUCUCAGCCAAGGAGAGAAGUUACUAAGUUGUUCACGCUGUUAUUUGUCAACCACAGCAGGUCCCGUAGCAGGCCUCCUCUUUAUCUCCACCCAUGUGGUUGCCUUCUGCAGUGACAGACCAAUCGUCAUCUCUUCUUCAGAAGGAGAACUGGGCAGAUUGAACUACAAAGUUAUGAUCCCAUUGAAGAAGAUGAAGAGAGUUAACCAAAUAGAGCAUAUAAACAAUCCAUCAAAGAAGUACAUUCAAGUGGUGACUGUGGAUGAUUUUGAUUUCUGGUUUAUGGGUUUUCUGAAUUAUGAGAAAGCAUUCAAGUUCCUCCAAAAGAAGGUUUCUAGAGAUUGAGAAGAUUGAUCUGAGAGGCUCCAAGGAAGUGCCAUCCAGGAAAAAGUUAUGAACAUUGUAAAGAUUCUAUUGGGGACGGGAAUAUAACUCGUCUUAAAAUAUCAGAUAUCAUCAAUUUCUCAAUAUUUUAAUCACAGAUUUGAUCCAUCCUGUUCAAGAAAUCUAAAUGUUUGUUGAAUAAACUUUCUAAUUAAAACACAAAUCACUCAAACUAGAACAGCAAAAAGCUCAGAUUACACAGACG